AAGACAGUGCUUGCUUAGUAGUUUUCGAGAAAAUUAACUAGCUAAUUACUAAUAGUUGUCUCUGCAUAGCAAGCUUGGAUAGCAGAAAGUAUCAUAAUACAGAAAAUGUUACAUACAUCAACUUUAAACCAGUAAACGAGUAAAGAGCUCUUACUUUGAAAUUUUAUUUGACUUGCCCACUGUAUGAUCACGCUGUCUGCUUUCACACGGACGCUGGUAGGAGAGACGCAACAGGAUUUCAGAGGCGGUGCUGCUGCCCGUGUGGACGAAGAAUGCAGACCAUAAAGUGUGUAGUUGUGGGUGACGGGGCGGUUGGCAAAACAUGCCUUCUCAUUUCCUACACGACAAAUGCCUUUCCCGAGGAGUACAUCCCUACUGUGUUUGACAACUAUAGCGCUCAGAUGAGCGUUGACGGCCGUACGGUAAGCCUUAACCUUUGGGACACGGCAGGGCAGGAAGAGUACGACCGCCUGCGCACACUCUCUUACCCGCAAACGAACGUCUUCAUCAUUUGCUUCUCCAUCGGAAGCCCCUCCUCCUGUGCUAACGUUCGCCACAAGUGGCACCCGGAGGUGUCCCACCACUGCCCGAGUGUACCCAUCCUUCUGGUGGGCACCAAGAGGGAUCUACGCUCCGACAAGGAAACGGUUAAGAAGCUGAAGGAGCAAGGGCUCGUGCCAACGACCCAGCAGCAGGGCAGCGCGCUGGCCAAACAGAUCGGCGCCGUCAAGUACAUGGAAUGUUCUGCGCUUCUCCAGGAGGGCGUACGGGAUGUGUUCAUAGAGGCCGUUCGUGCUGUGCUUUACCCUGUGACCAAAAAGAAUACGAAGAAGUGCGUGCUUUUAUAGUCUGUGCAUUGAGAACUGCCAGCAGAUAUGAACUUGACCACAGUCGAAAACCAGCCGCGCAGGGAGUAAUCCUUGUGUCUUUCUCCAUCUCUUCUUAUUUACGCCUCCUUAAUAGCUCUUUCAGGUCUCUUUGGCUCAUUUGCUGGCUUGUUGAUGCCUUGUUUCUUCAUAUUAUUUUAAAUCAGUCAGCUGAAGUUCCUCACCUGUUUUUCUAAUGAUUAAUAACAAUGUUUUAGCAGCACCACUCAAUGAAAGAUGCAUUCGCAAACAAAUUAACGAUUUUUCCAGCAGGAGUGUGUUGUGUUUCCGCAGCCUCAUGUUCCAAUGCUUUGCAUUCCGAUAAGUGUGCAAUAUAACGAAGACUGUUGUGCGACCAAGGCUCAUUUAUGCAACGAGUUUGUCUUCAGGCCUCUAAUGAGGAAAACGCAUCAGAAUUUGUUUAUAGUCUCUAUGCGGGACGUUUCCCAGCCAAAUCAGAUGUGCCUUUGAAAUACAUUUUUAAUUUGAAUUUUUCUAACGUACAUAUUGUAUUUUAACCAUAUCUGUUUAGUAUCGCCAAAGCAAUAUUUGAAUGAGUUUUAUUAAUAUUAGAAUAUUUGGGUUGAACUGGUGUAAGGGUGACUCUUAUUAUGAAAUGUCUAGGUUUUAUUUCACCCCAAAACCAAAAUAUUUUUUUUUCCAUAAUGAAAUGCAUAUUUUAGGCCCAUUAAUAUUUUGAGUUGUGGCAAUAAUUUAAUGACUAUAAAGCACAUUUUAACCUCAAUGUAUUAACGCACGUAAUAAAGUAAUAGAAAUAAUCUUGUGAAAUAUUUUGGCAACACUUUACAAUAAGGUUGUAUUUAUUAGCAUUAGUAAAUUCAUUAGGUAUCACAAACUAACAAUUAACAAUAUUUAUUAACAGCGUUUAGUAAAGGAAUAUUCCAGGUUCAACACAAGUUCAGCUCAGUCAACAGCAUUUGUGACUAUGUUGAUUACCACAAAAAAUUAUUUGGACUUUUCUUAAAAAGAAGAAAAAAAUGGAGUGAGGCAUUUACAAUGGAAGUGAAUGGGGGCCAAUCGGUAAUCGUUAAAAUACUCACUUUUUUAAAGGUACAGCCUUAAGACCUAAAUAAUAUGCUUGUUAACAUGAGUUUAGUGUGAUUAAAAUUGCUUACUAACCUUUUCUGUUUAAAGUUAUAUCUAAUUUUACAACUUUGUUGCCAUGACGACGUAACAGCGUAAUCUAAGCUACUUUACAGCUCAAAUCAUACAUGAGUUUCAACAGAAGAAUUAAUGUAAGUGCUUUUAGAAAAUUAUAAGCUUCACAUUUCUGCCUUUUAAACCCUCCAAAAAUUGGCCCCAUUCACUUCCAUUGUAAGCGUCUCACUGUAACCUCCAUUUUUGCUACUUUUGUUUUUUUGUUUUUUUUUAAAGAAAAGGAGGGACAAGUUGAAAUUAUAUUUUGUUGUAUUUAGCAUUAUCCCACAAAUGCUGUUAAUUGAGCUCCUCUUGUAUUAAACCCGAAAUAUUGCUUUAAACUCGCUAAAUGUUAAUUUAUAAAAAUGCAAUUGUUUAUUGUUAGUUCAUGGUUGUUCAUAAUGCAUAAACGAAUUUUAACAUAUACAACUUUUACAUUUAAAACAUUUUAGGAUGUGUUGAAAUUAACAUUUAUCAUGAUUAAUAAGUACUUUAAAUGUUGUUCAUUGUUAGUUCAUGUUAACUAAUGUAGUUUACGAAAACAGCUUUAUUGUAAAGUGUUACCUGUUUUAAAUAAAAACUACAUAAACUAGUACAAAAAUACUACCAUGAUGUAGGCAUACAAUUAAAGUAGUACUUUACAAUUGUAUUAGACAAUUUAAAUAUAAUUUGUUGUUGUUGUUGCUGUAUUACAGAAAUGAGAAUGGGGAAUAUGCUUAAUUGUCUUAAAAAAUAAUGCCACUAUAAAAAUCUUGAACAUUUUUCAUGGGAUUUACCGUUAAUCAUGUGACAUCAGUGUGCGAGUCAUUCUGAGAAUUGUGCCUUAUGGAAACAUCUCAACGAAAGGCUUUUAUUAAUGGCUACAUCUCACUGUGACGCUAAAGUAUUAGUCAUACCUGUAUUAUCAACAUGUCAAAUAUGGGUUAGCAGCCCAUAUUUCUUUGUUAGAUUUUCUUUAUAAAGAGAUUGUCAGUCAGGUUGACCUGCAUGCCUUACAGGAGUUCACAACAAAGCCUUUGACCUACAGUUUGCCUUAUUGUCUGCGGUCAUGUCAGCUUGAGUCACAGUUUUUAGUAAAUGCCUCAUUCCUUGCUGCAUUGCGUUGCUGUGUGACACAAAACAUGGUAAAAAUCGCCUUCUAGACCAAAGACUGAGCUGCAGGCAUGCGUGACUGCCAUUGCGCUAAUCCACUGCGUCCAUAGUACAAACCCAAAACCAUUUCGACAGGCCAUAUUUAGUCUGCCACAUGAUUUCUAUCAAGAACAUUGGCAGAUGUUUAAUUCUUCCACCAAGAUCUGUUUAUCUUGAUGUAAACCAAGUUAAACCACAUUAAAUAUACGUCAAUAUUACCUCACUCACACAAUCUUCUCAAGAUGAGUCUGUUUCCAAUAUUAUUGUCGUAACUUGAAAAGAUAAUAGCACACAGUUUGUGAGCUAUACGUCUGUUUUACUCCAUUUUACCGAACAAUGCCUUUACCUGUUAAUGUGUGAUUUGCGUUCUUAGUCUUAAGUGGUGGUCAAACAUUUUGCAAAACUGACAUCACUGAAUAGCAGUGUGGUAUGAAAACAGACGCUGUUGAAACCUGUGACUCGGUUUCAUUCACAGCCAAUGUUUUAUAACUGAUGCAGUCAAACUUUUAAAAUACAUUGCAUUUUAAAUGUGUGCUCUUUUCUUCUUUGUCUGCCAAAUGUGGCCAAAGAGUGCCUUUGGAUACAAAGUUUUAUUGCUAUAACUGGACUUGUAUAUGUCAACUGUUUGAGUCACACCUGAUAUGAAUCGCAACAAUGUUUGCAUCUGUCGGAGAGAGAAUUUUAUGUUUUGAAAUAAGUUUGAAUGAAUUCCAUGUUGCCGAACUGAAUUAAACAUUGUGUUGUUGUUGAGAUGAAAUAUGUAAGUUGAUAUCUUCAGUAGGUGUGACGGUGUGCAAGGGUGACUGCACGAGUGAUUGUGACCAUGUACUGGUGAGCUGGUUUGUGUUUCAUCACUUCAAUGUAACGUGUUGUCGCAAGCGGACAGUAAGGCCUCAUGCUGCAUACUGUCUGCGUUUUAUGGUAUGUGGUACUACAUUUAUACACUGGGAACUUGAUUUUGUCAAAAUUGCCUUUUUAUAACCAAAAUAAAUUGUAUAAAUGAACUAACCGUGAAAUUAUUUUAAAUUAUGCUGAAUAAAUGUUUACAUAGAGUUUA